ACACACAAGCAGCGCGGUACACAAGUCACUGCGGGCGCGUUGAUCUCACGCGCCUUUGCCUUCCUCAGCCCCUACGUAAGCACAAGUAUGGUCGGGCCUCCGUUAAUCCCCUCUUCCUCCAGCAACAGCAACGCGAACGUCAAGAAGGAUGACAAACCGGAGGACAAGCCAUGUCCAAAGCGAAGGCGAAAAUCGAUCGACGAUACAACAACACCCACAGCACCUCCAACAACAACAGCAGCGGCGCCAAAUAAAGACGGAGCUGCCCCAAAAGUAACGCAGGAGAAGGAGAAAGAUCAUGCCGACACGGCAAGCGUGGAUGCUGACGCUGUUAUUUCACGGACCCCCUUGCCGGAAGACAGCAGUGCCGCCGCCGCCGCCGCCGCCGCCGACGCCCAAGGACAAGGAGGCGGUGACGACGCCGACGGCAUGGCCGUCGAUGCCACCGCCGGUCGAACGACAGACGCCGAGCAGGCGGAGGGCGCCGAAGCUGAGCAAGGGGAGGAUGGUCAAGACCUUGAAGAAGAAGAGGAAGAAGAAGAGGAAGAGGAGGAGGAAGAGGAAGAGGAAGAGGAAGAGGAAGAGGAAGCGGGGGAGGCGGGGGGCGCUGCAUCGCCGCCAAGCGGAGAAAAGCCCGACGAGAGCAAGAUAGCCAGGGCGCGGUCCGCGUGGAUGCUCUUCCUCGCAGACAACCGGGAAGGGGUACGCAAGGAACACCCGGGUCUGGCCGUAGGCCCGAUGCAGAAGAUUCUGAGCGAGAUGUGGAAGGGGCUCGGGGAAGCGGAGGUCGCCCGCUACGCCAAGGUGCGCUCCCUGGACUAUCGUCCAGAAUAG